AGUUUGUUGUUGUCUGCCUUGUGUUAAGCCGGUGAGACAAACGCCCGCCAGCCUUCUCGGUAACCACUGUCCUACACCGAAACCUGGUAACGCUGAUUGGACUUAGCUGUCAGGUACGUGAACGGCACAGGUGUAUCUGUAGUCGGGGCCAGGGGCAGACGACAGACAGGCAGCCGACAGUUCCGUAGAGUGUUGAGCAGACGACAGUUCCGUAGAGAGUUGAGCAGACGCCAGCUGCAGAAUCUGAAACAGUGGAAAGAAGUUGACUUCACCGUUCAUAUGUGAUUUCAGUCUUAGGAACAGUUCGAGUGUACGGUGUAUUCAGCUGUAACGAACUACCUAACAUGGUUAAUCAAUACUACAGAAGUAGUGAUAGAGUUUGACCUGUGUCCAGACGAUAAUGACGUGUUAUUCAUCCUAGAAACAGCAUAUUUGAAGAAAUACUCAUCCCGCCUUUCUGACAUGGCUUCUGCACGGUUGGGUCCCGAGAGUCCACGCCCUCUGGCGGUGAUUUCAGAGAGUUACCAGAAACGCUUCAAAAUCCCUUCUAUGGACGAGUAUGAUGAAUUCAGCUUCGGCGAGGACUACGAGGAAACGAUGUACAAACUCAUACACAAAUACCUUGAACUGGACACCACUGACAAGUUAUGCUACGUCGGAGACAACAAGGGUAGUAUGGCCAUACUUCUCCAGGAAAAGUUCGUCAUUCUUGAACCUGUUACCACCGUGCUUCCGGGUUCCUUCCACUACGCAGAAACAGAAAGUCAUAAAUUACUCCCUAUACGCAUUGCUCACGUAGGCGCGGAGGAAUAUUUCCGGAGUCUCGCUGAACAAAACAUGAAGGGACCAAAGACUCUGUUUACAAAAGUGAUCUUAGCAGACGUUGUGCGUUAUUUCACAAUCCCUCAACACGUAUAUGAAAACAUUUUGAGGUGUUUGGCGCCAGGAGGGAAAAUUUUGAUCACCCAUCGUGCAGGGAGUUUGAGUACCCUCCCUUACUUCAAGGACGCUCUGGACAGACUUCAAGAUAACGAGACCCCGUAUAUGAACAUAAUCAAGACCCUGCAGUCGUGUAAACUCGACGUGGAAUGGGAGUUAGAAUGUCUGCCUAUUAUCAUGCCCAAGAAGAAAUGGUUCGCCAUGAUCAGAGAGAGGUUUCCGCCGCAGAUGGAUCAACUCAGCGACUACGAAAUCAUGUCUGGAGUACGGGAAUUGUCAGAGGGUAUCAUGAAGUACCCUGGUGACGUUGUGGAGUUCACGGAUCGUCUGCUGUUCAUCACGGCGUGUAGAACGGAACACACGUCGUGUAUACCCUCUGUUCAAAGGCAUGGUAUCAGUGAUAGUCUUCCUCCACCACCUUCCACGGACCUCAAACUGACCAUGGCCUUGACACCGGAAGUCAAGAAAUACAUGAAACAGGAAAAACGAGAAAAGAAUAUGUUCAAUUGGAGCUGAAAGUAGCAAGUUAUGUACUUUAUACGAUAGAUGUCUGUUUAGCUAUUCAGGAAUAUAUUCACAGUUUGGACCAUCUGUGCAAGUGUGCCUGGCGGGAGAGGUACGUGCCUCUUGUGUUAUGACGUUGAUUGUGUACAGUCAUUUGGGACAACAAGACCACCCCAGGUUCUUGUGAGUAAUGCGAUGACUUGCGAUACAGACAUCGACUCGUUAAUUUGUGCAGCAGACUGUGAUGUAUUGUUCAAAGGAAGAACAAGUUAGCUUUAAUUACUUCGUGACAAGGAUUGUCAUAGACAACAGUGUCACAAGCCGACUUGUCCGAUCAUAAUCUUUUCUUUAAUUACUCACUGUUAUAUUUACAUAGGCAAAGGCGAUAGUCUUAUGGAUGACACUACUCAGAUUUGAGGUCCUUAAAGUCUUUAAAGUGAAAUAUUACACGAAGAAAGGGUCGCCACUGUCCUCAUUGACAUUGGUUGUGUGAAUUGUUGUCAUAACUAAACUGUUGUAUAAAUGUGACCCGUCUUAUUAACACCGAAAUAACUUUGGGAAUACGACCCCUUUUCCCUGUGUAGGGAUUUCAACAGUGUAUUUUCAGGCAGAAUAAUAUGUAAAUAUUGACGAACUAUACAGUGAUUAGCGUAAAUCGAUAGUAACUUUUCUCUCAUUUUUCAAUGCAUUAAGAACGAAAUUUGAAAUAUCGACCAACGAAAUCACUAUUUAAUAACAUCGGAAUUUCUAUUAACAUACUGGCAGUAGCGUUUAAACCCCUAGCGUUUAUUCCCCCAACAGUAUUCAAAGGCCGUUAUUAUUACGUAAGAUCGAUACACUCUAACCAUACCUUGCCCAGUUAUUAUGGGAAAUGGGAUUAUUGUGACUACUUUGCAUUAAGACCAGAGUAAUGGACAUUUUUGCAAGGAUGGAUACACACAGCUCCAGCUCGUCAGUUUUGGUAUCCGCAGCUUGUAGGGUGGUUAGUGCCUUCAGACAGGACGAGAUCUAUAACUAGAAAGAUAAUGGACAGUUAUCCCACAGCUUUGCAUUGAUUUUAGAGCGGACUUGGCAAAUUGAACAUUACGUUUCUGAAGGCUCAUUACCACAUGUUGUAGGAGUGAUAUAAAUAUAAAUACGUUCUUAAUGAAAUCGUGAAGUUUUUAUUCCACUUUUGAACAGUUUUUUUAUUAUCCUUAACUAGAGUUCGUUCCUGUCCUUUUUGAGAUAGUGUAGAUGUUUGCGCUGUGUGAAACUGGGACAUAGGUGGUCAGCAUUAACUAGACUCGGAUACACAGUAGACGAGAAGGAAGAUAAACUAGGGACUGUUGAGGUGUUUCAAUCAGACUCUGUCGGAUACUGGCGCUUGAACCAAACCUCUGGGGUUAUCUGUUGGUCUGCACAUCGUCUUCUAUCAUGAGGGUUUAAUUAUGGUAAUCUAAUUAUCAGUAUUCACCCUAGUAAAUCUGUCACCUGAUGCUGUUAUUGUUAAGGGAUCAAUGGUUUGUUUGUUUUAAUUCUGGAAAAUCCAGUUAUUUGCAGCAAAGGAAGUUGAGUCAUGUCGGCCCACUCAAGCGAGAAGAGCCGAGUAAGUAUUUGAGACGUCAUCGACCACAACCUGUCAUGGUUAGCCAUUUGUAAAGCACUAAUGUCGAAUUGAUCGGGUGGUCAGAACUGAAUAUGUGUGUUUAGGACAGAUGUCCAUGAUCGAUACCACUUUAGGACCACCUAUUGCUGAGAUGCUAUAGAUCUGCCAGGAUGUUCAAGGCCUCGGGUGAUUAUAAUCUAUGGUUAAAUAGGGCAAACCCAAACAAUGAAGUCUCACGGACUUGAGUUAAACACAGCCAAAUGAACCAGGUUGGACGUGAAGAACGACAGCUUCUUGGUGUUCCUUCAUAGAAAUUUAAACUGAUCGUGGCGGAAAUUAGCACCAAUCAUGAUUCUAUUUAUAUGAGUUUUAAUAAUGUUUUUAUGGUUUCUAUAGUGACCCAAAUGUGAAAAUUGACUUAUGUUCACACUUCAUCGUCCACAUGUACUUAACAAAAUAAACGUUAUGUAGACCCCACCCCCUUCCAGUGCCUUUCCAUAGGUACAUAAUUAAUAUAGAAGGUAUGUGCCUCGCACCAUCUUGCUGUUGUGAACAACGGAUUGUUACCAGCUUGUUAUUAAAUGAUUUUUUCCCAA